CAGCCUCAAGCUGACAAACCGGCUGUUUCAGUCCGAAGCAUCGGACGUUAAAUUGGGAAAAUGACCGACAGUGACCUCAGCAAACCGUGUUUUAGCGGCUAAGUCCACACGCCUUUUACCAACCGAAUAAACACGCACAUUAUCGCUAUCAAUUACGGCGAAAUAUCCACAAUUCAAGAGCAAUUUCAUACGAAACACUUUCCGUGUAGCGUGGGUUGCAUUUCUGGCACGAGCUAACAUAGCUUGUUAGCUAGAAAGCGAUAGCGACUUGGCUCGUUUCGGUUAGCUUGGUAGUCUGCUGCAUUAGCCACAACAAUGGAUAAAGCCAAUUCAAUUAUCGACAAAAAAGGGUCGGGACCAUGCUAUUCCAACGGACUGCAAAGGGGGUUUCAUUCUCAGGUCAACAACGGCGGCUGCAAUACAUACAGUGCAAGUGGAAAUUGUAGUGGCGGUUCGAGUAACGUUGAACAUUUCCAUCACUUACAUACUGUUACCUGUGAUGUCGAAUCUAGUGGCUCCUCUCCUGCAAAACGAUGCAGGUUACGAAGAAGAGUGGAGUCGGUGAAGAGAAACAGGCCACCUUUCCCCUGGUUCGGCAUGGACAUUGGCGGCACACUGGUGAAGCUGGUCUACUUUGAGCCCAAGGACAUCACCGCAGAGGAGGAGCAAGAGGAGGUGGAGAACCUGAAAAGUAUCCGCCGUUACCUGACAUCCAACGUGGCCUACGGCAAGACCGGAGUCCGAGACGUCCACCUGGAGCUGAGGAAUCUUUCCAUGUGUGGCCGGACGGGCAACCUGCACUUCAUCCGCUUCCCCACGCAGGCCAUGCAUCGCUUCAUCCAGAUGGGCAGCGACAAAAACUUCUCCAGCCUGCACACCACGCUGUGCGCCACUGGCGGAGGGGCCUACAAGUUUGAGAAUGACUUCAGAACGAUGGCUGAUUUGGAGCUGCUGAAGCUGGAUGAGCUGGACUGUCUGAUCCAUGGCCUGCUCUACGUAGACUCUGUGAGCUUCAACGGCCAACCGGAGUGCUACUUCUUCGAGAACCCGUCAGACACCCAGAACAGCGUGAAGACGCCGUGCAGUCUGGCCGACCCCUUCCCCAUGCUAUUGGUCAAUAUUGGAUCUGGGGUCAGCAUCCUGGCCGUGUACUCCAAAGACCACUAUAAACGGGUCACAGGCACCAGUCUUGGUGGAGGUACUUUCCUUGGCCUGUGUUGCCUGCUCACAGGCUGUGAGACAUUUGAGGAGGCGCUGGACAUGGCCAGCAGAGGUGACAGCAGCAACGUGGACAAGCUGGUGAAGGACAUCUACGGAGGAGACUACGAACGCUUCGGCCUCCAGGGAUCGGCUGUGGCCUCCAGCUUUGGUCACAUGAUGAGCAAGGAAAAACGAGACUCCAUAAGCAAAGAGGAUCUGGCCCGGGCGAUGUUGGUCACCAUAACCAAUAACAUUGGCUCCAUUGCCCGGAUGUGUGCCGUCAAUGAGAAAAUUGAGAGAGUUGUGUUUGUUGGAAAUUUCUUACGGAUCAACACUGUGUCAACUAAGCUGCUGGCCUAUGCUAUGGACUUCUGGUCGAAAGGACAACUCAAGGCCUUGUUCUUAGAACAUGAGGGAUAUUUCGGAGCUGUCGGGGCGCUACUGGAGCUGCUGAAGUCCCCCGAGGAGGCGUGAAGUGAUGCCCACCUCGUCCCUGAAGGAGCUGCUGAUUUUGACAGACGCUUCCUCUGGAAAUUGGAGAAAAAACCCUGUAGCAAAGCCAUUCAAAAAUGUAACCACUGUAAAUAUGCUUUAAAUCCCUCUCCUGAAAUGUCCUUGGAUAGAGGUUUUAAUGACUAACAGUGUCUUGUACUGAACUCUGGGUGGCGGUCUGGGGUCUGAGACAGACCUAACAGUUUUUGAUACCGUGUGUAAAUACCUAUUUGUGUUGUUCUAGAGUGCACUAAAGCCAAAUCCUGCUGAGAUUUCAUCCGUUUCGUAAUUCCAGUCAGUAUAUAUAUUUCAUGAUAUAUAUUAAUAUAAUAUAGCUUCUCUGAACAUGUGAAUAUGGCCUUUUGUUCUUUCCCUGUUGAAAAGACGUGACACACAAAAGCAAGGGUUCAGUUUCCUUUGUCGACCAAUGGGACCACGAGGUUGACUCUGCCGCAUUCUCAUUGGCUGGCCCCCGAAAGUAGGCGUGUCACACCAGGUGUCCAACACCUCUGUCGCCGCCGUGGCACAUCAUCACAGCCCGGUGAUCGGAGCGCGGUUCAAACCUUCGGUCGCCAUGCCAACCCCCUCCAGCUCUGGCCCCGUGGGGAUGAAACUCAGUCACCUGUUGGUGUGUGUCUGUCACAUGGAGACGCGUCACCAUCUAGACACCGCGGUUGUUCUGACACGCUUCGCAGCGACGCGGAGGUCUGACUACAGUGAAAGUGUAAAUGUUUCUGGAUGUCCGUUUCUGAAUCUGUUGGUGUUUCGCGCCUGCCUUUCCUCACUAACGAAAGUGUGCCCGUUUCCUACAAACAGAGUGUGUUGUUUCGUUACUAAGAUGGCGUAGCCCUUCUCCGACUCCGGGCCCCCGAGGAAACCCAGUCUGCAACCAUCCACGUUGUUCACUUGCCUGGACCUGGAAUUGCCUAGAACCCUCUUUUCUUGCUUUGUCGUUUGUAAAAAGAAAAAGCUAAAGUGCUACUGGCGGCGGUUAGUCUAGAUUGUCUGGACUCUCCUCCUGUGCCUGUUUCUAUGUGGGGAAUUCCUCUCCGGGGGGGCAGGGAUCCUUACCUGAGGUUUAGAAUUCCUUGUCUGUCAGCUGGCAGUCGCUGGGUGUGGUUGUUUAAGUCAUUGCUUAAAGCUAUUCAUCAGGACUGACCAGAAACACCACGUUGGACAUCAGCCACCCAAAUCAGUUAUGUCCAUUGAGUUCUGGCCUUAGGACCUCAUGGAACCUUGUGCAAGACGCUGCCUAGUAGAAAGGUCGGAUCCAAAGUGUCCCCACCUUCACUGUUGCUAAAUGACACCGACACUAGGUUUUGUCCUUGGCCUUGUGUGCUUAAUGACCCGACGGUGCCAUUCUCUUUUUCGAACUGUGUGGCGGUUCCAAUACUUCCUGCCACACCCCCCAGGCAGCUGCCUUGUUUGUCCAUUGGGACGAGACGUCUGUGGCUUGCCUUUCCGGACUUCUUUUCGUGCGCUGUGUUUUUACAUUUCAGCGUGUCUGUUGUCUUUGAAGGACGUGACGUGGGUGUCACAUCUUGGCCGGCGUGCCCACGGUUUUCAGUGGUUUUCACAUUGCUCAUCCGCGGGAUAGUUCUGACUCUAUUUAAUCGCAAAUGUUUCUUUUUUGUCAUUUUUUUUAUUUGACGAUUUUUAUUUUUCAAAAGUAGAUUUUGUCAGUUUGAAGUUUGUAUUUGUUUUGUUGUUCUAUGGCCAGUCUGAUCCGAGUGCUCUUCUAGUUAGCCCGGCUCCCAAUGGCAUGAAUGCACUUCUGAAAUGGGAUUCCACUUGACUAGGCCGAGGUACUAGUUUGAAUCAUAUGGCUAAACCCUGGAUUGCCAUUUCAAUAUUUAUACACAUUUAUUUUAAAAUAGGUUUUAAAAGUCCCCAUAUAUUGUAUUUAUUGAAAUAACAUAAAUUAUAUUUUAAGAUUAAGUGUUGAAACAAAGACCUCAAAAGUCUUCAAAACCAGACUGGUCACCAAGUCCCUGUACUGUUUGGAAAAAGGCCUUUUUGAUUUGCUUCUAAAUCUCAAAUUUUAUUUGUGAGGUAGGUUGUCAAGUUAAAAAAUAAUAUAUAUUUGACACUCCUGAAGACCAACUCUGUGUUGAUGCAGUUUUAUACUCUGAGUCAUGCUCACUGUGAAAGUCCUCAUCUUCAGCAUUUACAGUGUCUUUCAUCUCUUUAAUUGUGCCAUCUGUAUUAUGGACGAACUUUGUACUGGAAUGUGUAUGUCAAUAACACUAUUACAGCAUAAGAUCAUCCAUGUUAAGACCAUACAAAAAGUCGGUUUACACUGGAUUAACCAACACAACAGUAGUUUGACCUCUGAGAACAGGCUGAGAACACACUGAGCAGUAUUUUCUGUCCUCAUCUCUUAAAAGGCUGAAAACUAUGUCAUCCUAAAUCAGCCAGUAAUUGCGCCAAGUGUUUGUUUUGUAAUGGUAAGAGUUAUGCAAGCAGUUUUGCUCCAACAGGAAUCCUGUUUUAUCUUGAUUGAGAGAGGUUGUUCCACUCAAGUCCUGCUGAAUUGUAAACUACUAACUCUCACUUUGAAUGUACAGAGACAUGUAAAUAAAUCCACCAGCAAUCUGUC